UCUCCUCCGUCACCAGAUUCAUAGGCGGUGCUUCCUUGAGCGACUCGCCUUUUGUCAGCAGAAGAGAAAAAAUACAUCGGCUCCUAUACGGAGUACAACCUCUCCUUCCCGCGCUGGUCCUGAGAAGCACGGGGAUUGUAAUAGUCAAUGCUCCGGUAUACAAGGGUCUCUCACGAUCCGAGAGGAUGAACGCUUCUCGCCCUAUGGGCGUUAGGGAGCUUGAUCUCAGCAACUGGGACACCAAUGCUGUCGCGGGAGGGCUUCAACGCGCAGUGCCAGCCAUCAAGUCGGGCACAGCCUUUCUCACUUUCCUCCGUGCCAACCUCGUUCUGGACCCUUCAACCGCCUCAUACGCCAAUACUCCAGUACUCCAACCAGUCUGCAGCUUCGAGCCCCAUCCCUCGUCCUCGCCCGUUACGGAUACUCACCCCGUGUCUCUCGAUGAGGUUCCGGACAUUACGCUCAGCAUCCUCUCUGAACCAAACCACAAGGCCAAAGCCUUGGCUUUAGUGGCUGAAUCUAUCUCCCAGCAACGUCAACAGGCGGCUUUGUCUCUCGUCCUUCACCCAAUCAGCAUCAUCCUUCUCAUCGGUGCCCUCGGCCUCGUCGGCCAUUUGACCAAGAGCUUUCGCCAUGAUCUCGGACCAAUCCUGCCCAUCCUUGUCGGUGCGGUCUUCCUUGCCUCGUACCUUCUUGGGCUCUACCACCUCACCAAACCCUACGCUCGCCUUGCUGCUUCCAUGUCACCUAGCUUCUUCCGUCUCGAGGGCGGACUAGUGGUGCCGGGCAGCAGGCAGACCACCGCGAGCCCAGCCACCGGCAUCCUACCGAACGACGACCUCAUCCUCGCCGCCCAUGCCGGGACCGAGCUCGUCGCCGCGCUCGUCCUCCGCCUGGAGCCCAAGCUGCCGCAUAUCCCCGUCGGCAGCGCCGGUUUCCCGCCCAUCGGAUCCCCUUCAUCGGGGAGCGGCAAGCGACGCAGUAAAGGGAGCAGCGGCCAUGCAGGCCCGCUGCGAGGUGGGAAGGGUCUCGUGCGUGCCUGGACGACGUCUCUGCGGUGGCGCGGCCGCGGUGUCGGGGUGGAUCUGCUGCGCGAGGCUGUGCGCGUCACCCGGGAGAGGUGCGGUCGGGACGCCGAGAUCGGGUUCGCACGACAGCAUGCGAAUAGCAUGGUUGUGUUGCCCGAGGUUUUCAACCGGUCUUUCCGCCAAAUGGAGCGACGUGCCGCGAAGGCCUUGGAUAGGGCCGUUGCCGCGUGGGACGCUGCGAGGAAGAAACGGUAAAACGCCACUGCCGUCAUUGGGCGACGGUGCAUCAUGCUUGUACAACGUGAGCU